GUCAGUCACGGCGCCGGCGCCCGCGGGCCGUGCGGGAACUUCCUCGUUAUUGUGACGCGGCCGCGGCUCUGCACGGUCCCGCGAGCUCGGCGCGGCGCAGGCUACAUGACGCCCUGACGCCGAGGACCAUGCUAUGCUGGGGGUACUGGUCUCUGGGCCAGCCCGGGAUCGGCAGCAACCUGCAGGGCGUCGUGGCCGAGCCCCAGGUGUGCGGCUUCGUCUCGGACAGGAGCGUGAAGGAGGUGGCGUGCGGGGGGAACCACUCCGUGUUCCUGCUGGAGGACGGGGGCGUCUACACCUGCGGACUCAACACCAAGGGCCAGCUGGGCCACGAGCGGGAGGGAAACAAGCCAGAGCGAAUCGGAGCCUUGGCGGAUGAGCACAUCGUCCAUGUGGCCUGCGGCGAGUCCCACAGUCUCGCCCUCAGUGACCGGGGACAGCUCUUCUCCUGGGGUGCGGGGAGCGACGGCCAGCUUGGGCUCGUGACCAUUGAGGACUCGGUGGCGGUGCCCAGGUUAAUACAAAAGCUGAACCAGCAGACAAUAUUGCAAGUUUCCUGCGGCAACUGGCAUUGCUUAGCUCUUGCAGCUGAUGGCCAGUUCUUCACGUGGGGCCGCAACAGCCAUGGGCAACUCGGCCUGGGCAAGGAGUUCCCGUCGCAGGCCAGCCCGCAGCGGGUGCGGUCCCUGGAGGGCAUCCCGCUGGCCCAGGUGGCGGCCGGCGGCGCGCACAGCUUCGCCCUCUCUCUCUCCGGGGCCGUCUUCGGCUGGGGCAUGAACAACGCCGGGCAGCUGGGCCUCAGCGAUGACGAAGAUCGAGAGUCUCCUUGCCACGUGAAGCUCUUACGAACGCAGAAAGUUGUGUACAUUAGCUGUGGAGAAGAGCACACAGCAGUCCUCACGAAAAGCGGGGGCGUGUUCACCUUCGGAGCGGGUUCCUGUGGGCAGCUGGGCCACGACUCCAUGAACGACGAGGUGAACCCGCGGAGGGUGCUGGAGCUGAUGGGCAGCGAGGUCACCCAGAUCGCCUGCGGCAGACAGCACACCCUCGCCUUUGUGCCUUCUUCUGGACUCAUCUACGCCUUCGGCUGCGGCGCCAGAGGCCAGCUGGGGACUGGACGCACGUGUAACGUGCAGUGUCCGUGCCCGGUGAAGGGGCACUGGGCGGCCCACAGCGGGCAGCUCUCCGCCAGCGCAGAUGGCUUCAAGUACCACAUCGUGAAGCAGAUCUUCUCCGGGGGGGACCAGACCUUCGUGCUCUGCUCCAAGGACGAGAACGCCUGCCCUGCUGUGGACUUCAGGACCGUGAACCAGACUCAGUACACCAGCCUCAUCAACGACGAGAGCCUCGCGGUCUGGAGGCAGAAGCUGGCCGAGCACGGCAGCUCCAACACCAUCAAUGGUGUAGUUCAGAUACUGUCUUCUGCAGCCUGCUGGAAUGGAAGUUUCCUGGAAAAGAAAAUUGAUGAGCAUUUUAAAACCAGCCCCAGGACCCCUGGGAUCGACCUGAACUCAACUAGAAUAUUAUUUGAGAAGCUAAUGAGCUCUCAGCACUCCAUGAUUCUAGAACAGAUCUUGAACAGCUUCGAGAGCUGCCUGAUUCCUCAGCUCUCGAGUUCCCCGCCGGAUGUUGAAGCCAUGAGAAUCUAUUUAAUACUCCCCGAGUUCCCCUUGCUCCAGGACUCCAAGUACUACAUCACACUCACCAUCCCCCUGGCCAUGGCCAUCCUGCGGCUGGACGCGAACCCCAGCAAAGUCUUGGAUAACUGGUGGUCUCAGGCGUGCCCGGAAUAUUUCACGAAGCUGGUCAACCUGUACAGGGGAGCCGUCGUUUACCUGCUGAGGGGAAGGAAGACGUUCUUAAUCCCCGUGCUGUUUAACAAUUACAUCACAGCUGCUCUGAAGCUCCUGGAGAAGCUAUAUAAGGUCAACCUCAAAGUGAAGCAUGUGGAAUACGACACCUUUUACAUUCCGGAGAUCUCCAGCCUCGUGGACAUCCAAGAAGACUACCUCAUGUGGUUCCUGCACCAGGCCGGCAUGAAGGCCAGGCCAUCUAUAAUGCAGGAUGCCGUGACACUCUGCUCCUACCCCUUCAUCUUUGACGCCCAAGCCAAGACGAAGAUGCUGCAGACCGACGCGGAGCUCCAGAUGCAGGUGGCGGUGAACGGGGCCAACCUGCAGAACGUCUUCAUGCUUCUCACCCUGGAGCCUCUGCUGGCCAGAAGCCCCUUUCUGGUCCUCCACGUCCGCCGGAACAACCUCGUGGGCGACGCCCUGCGGGAGCUGAGCAUCCACUCGGACAUCGACUUGAAGAAGCCUCUCAAGGUGAUCUUCGACGGCGAGGAGGCCGUGGACGCGGGGGGCGUCACGAAGGAGUUCUUCCUGCUGCUGCUGAAGGAGCUCCUGAACCCCGUCUACGGCAUGUUCACCUGCUACCAGGACUCCAACCUCCUGUGGUUCUCAGACACGUGUUUCGUAGAGCACAACUGGUUCCACCUGAUCGGCAUCACCUGCGGGCUGGCCAUCUACAACUCCACGGUGGUCGACCUGCACUUCCCCCUGGCGCUCUACAAGAAGCUGCUCAACGUCCAGCCGGGCCUGGAGGACCUGAAGGAGCUGUCCCCGACCGAGGGAAGGAGUCUCCAGGAACUUCUAGACUACCCCGGGGAGGAUAUCGAGGACACGUUCUGCCUCACCUUCACGAUCUGCCGAGAGAGCUACGGCGUGGCUGAGCAGAAGAAGCUGAUCCCUGGGGGAGACCAGGUGACCGUGUGCAAGGAGAACAGGCAGGAGUUUGUGGAUGCCUACGUGAAUUACGUCUUCCAGAUCUCCGUUCACGAGUGGUACUCGGCUUUCUCCAGCGGCUUCCUGAAGGUGUGUGGUGGCAAGGUGCUUGAGCUCUUCCAGCCUUCGGAACUGAGGGCCAUGAUGGUGGGAAACUGCAACUAUGACUGGAAGGAGCUGGAGGCGACUGCUGUCUACAAGGGGGAUUACUCAGCCACACACCCCACUGUGAAACUAUUUUGGGAAACGUUUCAUGAGUUUCCAUUGGAAAAGAAGAAGAAGUUUCUCUUGUUCCUGACCGGCAGUGACCGCAUCCCCAUCUACGGCAUGGCCAGCCUGCAGAUCGCCAUCCAGCCCACGGCCAGCGGGGAGGACUACCUGCCCGUGGCCCACACCUGCUACAACCUGCUGGACCUCCCCAAGUACAGCAGCAAGGAGACGCUGUGCGCGCGGCUGACCCAGGCGCUGGACAACUACGAGGGCUUCAGCCUGGCCUGAGCUGCCGCCGCCCCAUCCGGGCGCCGUGCCCGCGCGGCGGCUCGCCAGAGAACCUUGGGGAGUGAGUUCUAUUUUUUUACUGUACCUGUGGGGUGGGACUUCCGAAUUCUGAGCCUGGUUCUUGUGUUUCUGGGGUCGUAAGCUGUGAGCAAUUUUUUUUUUUUUUUUUUAGAGUCAGGGCUUGGGAUCGGGUUAAAAACAAUGGCUUGCACUGUGGCAAGGGUUUAGGUUUUGAAGCCAAAUUUCUCCGUGUUCCCUGUCCGGUGAGGCUGCCGCCCCCGCCGGCUGCCACAGCGGUGGAGUUUCCGUGUCUGCCUUCCCCGCCUCUCUCUGCCCGCCCGUGGCUGUCUUGCUCUUCCCCGACCUCCUCACUCCUCGGCAAGACUUGGCUUCGACUGGCCCUUUCUUCGCCUGCACAUACAGAAGGAAAGUCUCUUUUCUCUGCAGCCUCGGAAGUGCUCCUGGCUGGCCGUAACCCCACCUUCAGGCCCGAGGAGGAAAGGACCACUUCCGAGAUCCCAGGGUUCCACCAGCCGAAUCGGGGUCCGUUCCUUUCACUGAACGCUUGAGAGUUGCUGGGAGCUCUGAUGAGCGCAUCUUGCUCUCGAAGCAGGUGGGGCGAAGGGGCCUUUGGCGGGGGGUCUUCUCAGGACGCCCUUGCUCCUUGCAGGUGUGCAUGGCAGAGGGCAUGGCGGCUGAGCCCCUCAGUGCUGCUCAGCCACGUCCCUUUGACAGUGAAGAGUGGUGACAGGCCACCUCCCCUUCCCUUAUGUCACUUUUGGGGCAAGUUGCAUCAAUUUUUUUUUUAAUACCUUCUCCAGGCAGAGUGAGAAUAAUAAGUUUUGGUCCCUCUAUUAUUUUAUAUUCUCUACCACUUUCUCUCCCUUCCCUCCCUUCCUUUCGUUCUGCUUCAUCCCAACCUCACAGCCCUUCCCGCUCUCCUCCUACCAGAUGCAUGCCUCUUUUUGUUUUAAAUUUCUAUAUGAAAUGCAGACUUUCUACUCGGAUUUUGUUUUUCCCUCCUCCCAAAUUGCUAAGACUUAAAGGUGUUCUGUAUUAUGGGGCUUUUGUUUAUUGCAUUUGAAAUGUUUGUUUACAAUGCAAUUUCAGGGGGAAUUGUGUUUAAGAGAAAUAUAUAUAUGUAUGUAUCUUAAAAAAAUGAUAUGUUCAGCCUCUUUCAUCACGGGAUAAGAAAAUUCUACAUGAUUAGAGAAUCCAUGUCAGCCUGAUUUUAAAUCGCUAGUUGCUAGAGAAAAGACUUAUUUAUAUAAAAAGAAGUAUUUAUGAAACAUGAUUCAGCAUCAAAUCUCAAUGAAGGAUUGUAGAUUUUUGCUUUUUCUUUUGGUUUUUAAAACCUCUUCCAAUUGCUAAAUUGGUAGUUUUUCAGUCUUUAUAAAAUAAGAUUAAAAAGAUAUACAGUUAUAUGAAAUGUUUAUUUUCUAUGUGUGUGCAUAUAGUCCAAUAUUACACAAUAAAUUUGGUGUUUUAACUUA